CAGGAUGAGAAAGUGCGAGACUUCCUGUUAUGUAUGUGUGACAGCUGGUGAUAAGUGGAGGGCCCAGUACAGGAAAUCCGCUCCGCUUCUGCAAUGUGACCUGACUGAGACUUGGGUGCUCCUUCAGUCUGGACGUUGAUGGCAGGACAAGGGGGCGCCUGGACCAUGGGGGAAGUGGUAGAGAAGAGCUUGGAAGGACCCCUGGCCCCUUCUACAGAUGAGGCCGCUCAGAAAACGGGAGACCUGGUAGAAAUCUUAAAUGAGGAUAAGGUAAAAUUUGAUGACACGGGACUCUCCUUAAUUCUUCAGAAUGGCCUGGAGACCCUCCGAAUGGAAAACGCUCUCACGGAUGUCAUCCUGUGUGUGGACAUCCAGGAAUUCUCCUGCCACCGCGUGGUGCUUGCCGCGGCCAGCAACUAUUUCAGGGCCAUGUUCUGCAAUGAUUUAAAGGAAAAGCGGGAGAAGAGGAUCGUCAUCAAAGGCGUGGAUGCUGAGAUCAUGCACACCCUCCUGGAUUACACGUACACCAGCAAGGCGCUGAUCACCAAGCAGAACGUCCAGCGGGUCCUGGAAGCUGCUAACCUCUUCCAGUUCCUACGGAUGGUGGAUGCUUGUGCCAGCUUUCUCACAGACGCCUUGAACCCGGAAAACUGUGUCGGGAUACUGAGGCUGGCGGACACACACUCCUUGGGCAGUCUAAAGAAGCAGGUUCAGAGUUACAUCAUCCAAAACUUUGUGCAGAUUCUGAACUCCGACGAGUUCCUUGAGCUUCCUGUGGACACUCUGUACCACAUCCUGAAGAGUGAUGACCUUUAUGUGACCGAAGAGGCCCAGGUGUUCGAGACCGUAAUGAGCUGGGUCCGGCACAAACAGUCGGAACGACUCUGCUUGCUCCCUUAUGUCCUCGAGAACGUGCGCUUACCGCUUCUGGACCCGUGGUACUUUGUGGAGACGGUCGAAGCUGACCCUCUCAUCAGGCAGUGCCCGGAGGUCUUCCCGCUGCUGCAGGAAGCCAGGAUGUACCACCUUUCUGGGAAUGAGAUCAUUUCCGAGCGCACCAAGCCCAGGAUGCAUGAGUUCCAGUCUGAGGUGUUCAUGAUCAUCGGCGGCUGCACGCGGGAUGAACGCUUUGUGGCAGAGGUAACCUGCCUGGACCCCCUGAGGCGCAGCCGCCUGGAGGUAGCCAAGCUCCCGCUGACCGAGCACGAGCUGGACAGUGAGAAUAAGAAGUGGGUGGAGUUUGCAUGCGUGACAUUAAAAAAUGAGGUGUACAUAUCAGGUGGCAAAGAAACACAGCACGAUGUUUGGAAAUACAAUUCUUCGAUCAACAAGUGGAUUCAAAUUGAGUAUUUAAACAUAGGCCGCUGGCGGCACAAGAUGGCGGUGUUGGGUGGCAAGGUCUACGUGAUUGGUGGUUUCGACGGCCUACAGCGGCUCAACAACGUGGAGACCUACGACCCGUUCCACAACUGCUGGUCAGAGGCUGCACCCCUUCUUGUCCACGUCAGUUCCUUCGCAGCCACCAGCCAUAAGAAGAAGCUCUAUGUGAUUGGAGGAGGACCCAAUGGGAAGCUGGCCACAGAUAAGACUCAGUGUUACGACCCUUCAACCAAUAAGUGGAAUUUAAAGUCGUCCAUGCCAGUGGAGGCCAAGUGCAUCAACGCAGUGAGUUUCCGGGAUCGCAUCUACGUUGUUGGUGGGGCCAUGCGAGCACUGUACGCCUACAGCCCCCUGGACGACAGCUGGUGCCUGGUGACCCAGCUCAGCCAUGAGCGGGCCAGCUGUGGCAUCGCCCCCUGCAACAACCGGCUCUACAUCACCGGGGGGCGUGACGAGAAGAACGAGGUCAUUGCCACCGUGCUGUGCUGGGACCCUGAGGCCCAGAAGCUGACGGAAGAGUGUGUCCUGCCCCGGGGAGUGUCCCACCAUGGCAGUGUCACCAUCAGGAAGUCCUACACCCACAUCCGCAGGAUCGUGCCUGGGGCCGUGUCUGUCUGACUGACAGCCUUAGGGUGGGGGUCAGCGUGGGACCAAUGCCAGGAACCUGGACAGUGGGACAGUGUAGGGGCAGCCCCUGGGCCUCCCUCCCUCACUGCUCACCCACCCUAGCCCCACUUCAGACAGUGGGUUUGGCUUGAGUUUUGGGGGCUCAUCAGGGGCUCACCCCUACUGAUCAUAGGGGCACCUUGGAAGUGACAGCAUCAGAGACACUUGAGACUAGCCAGGAAUGUUUGCCUGGCUUACCUCAGAAGAGAAGGAGGAAGGAAGAUUAAUAUUGAACAUUCAGGGCACACCUACCCAGCAUCAAAUUCUAUGCCGGGCACCUUGGUAUACCAGUUGGUUUACUCAGCUUAAUCACCUGUUGACUGGGUAUUAAUACUCUUGUUUCCCAGAUGAAGAAACUGAAUUUCAGAAAGGUGACAUGACUUAUCCUGGGUCAUUCAGACGUCAGGGAGCUACACCAGGAGCCUAAAACCCAGGAUUUUCAUUUCAGAGUCAAUGUCCUGUCCACAACAGUGCCCAUCGCAGAGCAGAAAAAAAUCUGACUCACUUUUUGUUUUAGCCAAUCUGCUACAGGAUUCACUCAGCAAGGCAGGGAAUAAAGGUUUCCUUUUCCUUUUCUUCUCUUUCUCCUCCCCCUGUACUCAAACCACCUGGAAUUCUUGGUGUUGGAGCCUUGGGCUCCAUGUCAAGAGUCUCGGGUUCUUCCAUUUUGUGGGUUUGCGAAGACCUGUUUGCUUUGAAAGACAUAAAGGACUCUGUUCUGUUCCCUCUCAUGCAAGUCUCUGUCUUGUAUGAUCACAGGAUGCCCCGUUUUAGAUGAGACCUGCCAUUGCUGGACAGAAUUGUACCUUCUGCACAGUCUGAUGGCCGGGUCUCUGACUGUCCAAAACUUGUAUCACAAUGCAGAAAAGAGAUUUCCAGAGACUCAAGCUACUGUUUAAAAAAAGGAAACAUCUCAGCACUGCUGGACGCUGCAGGAGUGACAGGUCUUCUUGACGCCUCACUUUCUACAUUUUAGACAGUGAUUUGGGCCCAUGUCCCUGAGACCACUACCCCCACUUACAGGAACCUUCUAGGCCCUUCUCCUUGCUGUUUGGAUCAGCUGCGCUCCAUUUUGAGUGAAAGAACAGAGUCUGUCCUUCAGUGUAAGACACAGAGCUUUCAAAUGAGCUCACUGGAAAUUCAUUCUAAUCCCCAACUUGUUGAAACAGGUUAGGAGAUCCUGUUUCACAUGCUGUAUUUAAAAAGCAACAAUGAUAGCAACGUAGUAACUGCAUGAUCCUGUUCCACCCACUGUAUUUAAAGAGCAACAACGAGAGCAACAUAGUAACUGCAUUACCCAAUGUGCUUUAUUUUCAUCUUACCAUUCCAACUCUUUACAGAGUUUUAUUUCAUGUCAGAUGUGACAUGUUGUGCUUGGCUUCCCAGCAGUUCGGGAAGUCAGAGGUAUUAGAGUGGACAGUGAAUUUAAUUUUCACAAAAAAUGCUACCGUUAGAAGAAGCUAGUAUUCAAAGUCAAUUGAAAAAACUUGGAAAAUUACAAGUGAGAUUUCUGUUUAUACACAGAUUACUGAGGAUAAAUAUAAAUGCAUGUUAGAGUGUGAGAGGUCCUGUGACCUUGGGUCAGGGGUGACCGUUCAGCUCUCUGCUUUAAAAGCGAGAUGGAAAAUGCAAACACAUUUGUGGGCAUGUGGAACACACUUACUUACUCAUGGACACUCACUCGUGGGUUAUUCGUUAAUAACCUUAUCAAAGCUCUCAACUGAAACAGUUAAUCUCAUGCAAUGCAGCAAACAUUCAUAGUGUUCUUUACAGUUUGCCAAGCCUUGGGGACACCAAUGAUUAGGACAAAUCCCCAGAGAGACUCCAUCAACAGGUAAAUAGGCCACUAAUGAAUGUUCUAAUUUUUCUUUUCUCCAAUUUGUUAAAAAUGAGAUGUAUGUGAAGUUACUAGGCUGUAUCCAAGUCUUUAGAGUGUCCCCUUGGGAUGCUAUGCACUUAGGUCAACAACGUGACUGCUUUUUUGCCUCUUUUUUUGAGAUCACCUUCAGAAACCACUUAUGAGCUAUAGGAGAAAUCAGUUUUAUUCCAAAGAAGAUUUAGCAUGCACAGAGAGCCUCCCCUCAAACAGAGAGGCCUCCUUGUCAUGGAGCCAACAGUGGUCCUUUGAGAAGAACAAUCCGUGAACUUUGAACCCAUCAGUGGGUCAGCCAUAUGCUGCAAAAGUAAGGAUCUAAGAUCUCUGUGCUAUAAAUCUGAUUCUACUGCAGAAUGCGCGUUUCAGGUUGGUUCAGAAUGCCUAAGUGCAUAAAAGGGAAAGACUCGAUAUGAUUCUUGUAUCACCAAAUAUGCGGUGAAUUGUGGUCAAAUUUCAGGUACCUGGCACCCAAGAAAUAGAGAUUCUCAGUAAUGGCAUGGGAUAGGGGACAGAUAAACUUAUUAAGGUGAUCUAGAGUUCUGUAGCUUUUAGGGAAAGAAAAUGUUCGAGUCAUUUUAGGAAAACGUAAGGUCCCUGGGUGGCGCAAAUGGUUUGCACUCGGCUGGUAACCAAAAGGUUGGCGGUUUGAACCCACCCAAUGGCACCUCGAAAGAAACAGCCCUGACAAUCUGCUUCCAUAAAUAUUGCAGCCAAGAAAACCCUACAGAGCAGUUCUAUCAGUAAUGCAUGGGGGCGCCGUAAGUCACAAAUCAACAAAACAACAAGAAGCCAUCAUUCUAGGGAACUUGAUAAGGACAGUCAUCAGAAUUUACACUUUUAGGCACUAGCCAGGAAUGGGAGUUCUUAAAAUCUAAUUUCCAUUCCAAGAUAAAAACCAGUUUGCAUGAUCCACGCCAUCAGCGGGAGACGAGCCAGGGUGGGAACGGUCCUGGGACGUGGCGAGCCGUCCUAGCACCGCAGACCGGAUACUGAGGCAGGUCCUGGGAGUGGCCAGAGCUCCUCUGGCUGGGAGCAAGAGCAUGGGGUGGGAAGUGGGCUGAUAUGUCAGGUCCUAAGGGCACAGGUCUAGAAAAUGAUAUUGGAGCCCUGGAGUUUGUGAGCACGGCCCCAGUCCCAGGAAGGGUAAGGGGAGAAUGAGGAAGAGGGAUUCUAGGCAGGAGACGAGGUGGGGAGGUCACUUAGAACUGAGGCGGAAGUUAGAGCAGGACAGCAGUGAGGCCAAUUUGCAGUGGGGCCUCUGAGCUGCCUGCUAGAGCUCCUGUCCUACUGGACCAGAGAGAAUGAGGCCCAGGGUCUUUGAUGGGGUGGAAACUGUGGGUGAGGUUGGGGGACCCCAGUUUCCAAGGUUGGUCUGCAAUGGACAGGGAGCUAAGCACACCAAAACACCAACAGAUGAAUGUUCUCAUAUUAGCUUUCAUCACAUUUUUGUCUCCAAUGGCUUCAGGAAACACACACACACAUACACACAUACACACACACACACACACACACAGCCCUUGAACUCAAAGCAAACUACACUCUCAGGGAAAUGCAAAUAUCUUUUGCUUAUAGCUGUGAAAACAUAGCUUUGCUGUUUAUAAAAGUUCUUAAGGUACUGUUGUUAGUUGUUUACUUAUCCUGCUUAAUUUUGAAAAAGAAAACAAAAGUACUUCUCAACCGAAUCUUUAAAGUGGGUAAACACCACUGAACAGAGCUGAACAGAAGAUUUCAAAGGGAGGCCCGAGAAGACACAGUGAAGUAUUAUAGUGACAUGUGCAAAGACCCAGAGUUAGAAACCCA